UUUACCAGAUUUUACUAAUUGAUAGUAAAAACUAUGUGAUGCCCAUCUUGGCGCAAUCGACUACUUUAUGGACGUUGACUAUCGGAUGAACGAUAUUACGAAAUUCAGUUUGUAGAAAGAGUAUCAAAAAGUCUAUAAAUUACUAUAAAUUUAUCACUUAUGACAUAACCUUAAUUCAUUACAUAUGAUAUACAAAUAUAUAGUUUAAAAUGACAAAUUAUUUAAAAAGAAACUGAUAAUUUGAAUGAAUAAUAGUUGAUACAAUAUUGAUAUAACAAACAAUGUUGGUGAUUAACGAGAUUUAUGUUGCGAGGUGACAAUUAUUAUACACGUGUCGUGUUAAUAAUUUUUACAACUGUAAUUGUUUUAUUAUUUAAUACGUUGAAAAAUAUUUGUACAAAAACGCAUAUUAUUUAUAUGCACAAGAAAAGUGCUAUUUAUAAUAGUGUGUAUUUUCGACAAUAACACCUGAUAAAAUGAGUCUCAGAAUGAUUCACAGGCUUGCAUUAUCAAGCUGUAAAAAUAAAAUUAAUAUUGAUGCAUACUGGGGGAUUGUACCAAGCUUGAGAACUUUGCAGAAAGGGUCAACGUUGGUGCAAACACAGUUUCUUACACAUGACGUGUGUAUAAUUCACAAGAGACUUUUUCAUAAUUCUACAAUUCUGCAGCUACAGAAAAAUAAAUUAAAAGAAAAUGAAACUGGUGGUGUAGAAAAUAUAUCUACAUUUCAAAUAAAAAAGAGACCGACUAGAAGAAAUAACGCUAUAAUAAGCGAUGAUAAGACUCCAAAACCUGAUACAUGGAAUGUAAAAGCUUUAGCCACAGCAGAAGAAUAUAAUUUGGAAGCUUUAGCUUAUGGCCUGCUGGAUCAACAGCUAUAUAUUCCCAGUAAGAUAUCUACGUCCACAAAUUGCAAAGUUAAUUACAUUUCACAAAGAGUGAAAUAUUAUAAUACAAGUGAUAAUCAAAUACAGUGAAGUGAUUGUUAUAAUUUUUAUUACAUGAAUCAGACACACUCUGAUAUUUUAUAAUUCGACAUACAAAAAU